CACACACACACAUACAUGUGCUUUAACAGAUCUAAAAAGGAAUUCUUCCUGUUAAGAAAACUUUUUGUUAAGGAUAAUUUUUUGUUGAGGAAGCAUUUUGAAAAUAAUUUUAAAUAAGCGUAUUGCUCGAGUGCGGUACGACAGCAAAGGAAAUAAAAAAUUGCCUUCCGAUAAUUGUUGACUUUGUUGUUCUUGUGCAUACAAGUAACUUUUCAGAAAUAAUAAUUUAUAAAUAAAGUAAUAACAAUUUUUUCACUGAAAAAUUGAUUCUUUCCACGUGAAUUGCAAAGUUCACGAGAGAUGUCGCUAACGUUAAAGCCUACAAGUGUCAUCGGCACUGUACAUAACCUCCUCAAAUAACCUCCUGUUUGUUUGCAGUAUGACAAUGUUUGAUGUUUGAUGUGUUGUUUGGUUAAUAAUAUUUGUAUUUCUAUAAGUGUGAAAUAUUCGACAUGACGAGAAAUAUAAUGAAUUAUAAGUUCCGUUAUUAAUACAUAAAAUGUAAGGAAUGAUUUGUUCCUGACAGGGUAUUGUAAUUGUUAAUCAUUUGUCAAAGAGAGUCGCAAUGGCACCACUAACAGAUUUACUUUCUUGUAGUAUAAUAGUACCUUUUUUGUCUAGACACUGUUCUGACUAUUUGCACUAUGCUAUAGUGUAGAAUAAACAUUACAGAGAAAGACUGCAAUGGAGAUGUCUUAUGGACAUGGUCAUAUCCAGCUGUGACGGAAUCUCAGAAGACAGUAGUUAUGAGGAAAUGUAAUUUGAAAUUAGAGCACAACUCUCCUCAUGUAUUUGUAUGCGCCAGGCAUGGUCAUGAUUGGUUUUACAUAUAUUGCAGUGAAGUAUUUGAUUCCGAUAAGUUGCCAAAAGUAAAACAGUUUGCAUUGGUACUGUUUGCAAAGGACUUUAAUCCACAAAAGUAUGAAGUACUUUCAAGAGUUCUCAGCAAAAUGUAUUGCAAGACUGGAAAGCCGACAGAAAUCUUGCAACUUUAUCUUUCUGUAUUUACCAAAGGAUCAUGCUCAACACAGGAGAAUGGGACUUUUGUCUCUGAUGACUUUAACACUCAUCGUUUUGCUGCUAAUGCCAAUGUCAGAGAACUAAUCAAGACAUUUGAAUUAGAGACUAUUUUGAUAUACACUGCCCUCCUAUUGAAGAAGAGAAUUGUUGUGUAUCAUCAUAGCUUGGAGCAACUCCUCAAGUGGAUCAGAACAUUUCCCGCAUUAAUGAGGCAUAGAAAGGUUACUGAUAAUCUUUUUCCUUGGAUUGAUUUGGUAAACGAUGAGUUAACUGAAUUAAAGAGACAUCCAUACUACGUCGCAGGCUGUAAUAAUAGCUCGAUAUCUUCAAGAACGGAUUUGUAUGAUUUAUUCGUAAAUAUUCCCGCCAGAGAAAUUACUGUGACUUCACAUGCAAAAGAAAGCCUUACAAUGACGAAAACUCACAAGGAGAUAGCCUUGUUUAUGGUCCAGUUGUGUGAAAAUCAAAAUUAUACAGAGGCGCAAAUUAUAUCCGAGAUAAGUGACAAGACGCAGGAUCUCCUGAAUCAGCUGACAUCGCUGGCAACAGUGCAAGCUCCAGAUGGCAGGAAAAUGAUAUCCGUGGAGAUAUUUAGGGAAAAGAACUUGGCACCGGCCGUAGAAAAUUUCCUUAUUAACUUGGCCAUUGCGGAGAACCUAUUUAUGUUAUAAUAUGUAAAGUGUCUAUAUUUUGUACAUUCACGGAUAUAAUAGUAAGUGCCCGUUUUUAUGCAAUUUUCGGAACGCACCCCGACUCGAAAAGAAUGAGAGUCACUGCUCCGCCUGCGGAGCACGCUUGCGCAGUGACUCACAACGAAAAGCGAGAAAUUAAAUAUACGCGGUGGGACAUAUUGACUUGUGUAUUCGUUGCAGCUGAUGAUUCAUCUCGUACAUCUCUUUCAGAAGACUUUAAAGUGGAAGUCAUAUCUUAAAACGAUAUCUCACGUAUCAUUUCUACGCUUGGGUGGAAAGGUAAAUAUCUAUAAUUAUGUUUUAUGUUGUAGAUACUGUGUGUCAAAGUAUUUCUUGAGAAGAAGGAGGUAGGAAAAUAUAAUGAAGAAGAUACGAAAAGAAGAGCAGAAACGAAGAGAAAAAAUAAAAAGAAGAGAAAAAACGUGAGGAGGAGACAGAAGAAUGUUUAGCCAGUCUAUGUAUUUGGUUUGGUAUCCGUAUUUGCAUCAUAAAUUUUAUCCUCCAUAUACUCUUUCCUCUUCCAUGUCCAUGUCUGUAUGUCCCAAAAUUCAAAAUUCGCUAUAACAUGUGCUUCUGUAUCUAAUAUCAUUGCUUCUGCUAUAGAAGCUAUGGCUGUUGCUGAAACAAUAAAUCACAUAUAAAUGUAAAACAGAAUCGUAACUAUCGUAAUGCAGCUUAAUUCUCUUAAUUAAGUUCGUAUUGUUUUAAACAUAAACAUGUUUAUUUAUCUCUACCUUUUUCGGAUGUUUCCCCCGGAAUAUAAAGCUUAUAUCGGAUAAUUUUUGUCUGUUCUGUGUUCCCUCAUUUCCAUUUAAUGCUGGAGUAUUCAUUUCAUCUGAGUCCGUAUUAUUAUUCAAACCAAGCAGUGAUCGCACUCUGUUUGAUCGUACAUCUAUAAUUGUGUCAGUAUACCCAAUCUUUUGUAAAUAUCUGCAAUAAAACAAUUUCUUUUAUAUUCUA